AUGAGUGAAACUGCCCUCGUAUGCGGACAUAGAGGGUUCAAAGGUAAAUAUACUGAGAAUACUCUUAAAUCUUUCGAUAAGUGCUUCGAAACUGGUGCUACAUUGAUAGAAACAGACUUAUGGAUUACUAGGGAUGAUGUAUUAGUAAUAUCUCAUGACAACAAUACAAAAAGAGUAUUUUGUGGUCCCAACGGCGAAGUCGCAGAUUUUGACAUAUUGGACUCCACUUACGAUGAAAUCAAAGACUUGCAAACUAUUGAGACAGGUGAAAGAUUAUUGACCUUCAAGGAUGUGCUAGAGUGGUUUGCUCACUACAUUAAGACUCAUGACAACUCAAAUGAGCACAAGUUGAUGUUGGACAUUAAGAAAUUGAACCCUGCAAAAUUAGUCAAGUAUUUGAUAAAGGAUUUAUUGAAGGUGAUCAAUGAUAUUGGAUGGUGGUUACAUAGACUCAUUUUGGGCAUAUGGGAUCUUGGUAUUAUCAAGUUUUUGAAUCAAGACAAGUACUUCCAGGACGUUUUUGGAAAUGGUUCCAAGAAUGUUUUGGGAUAUGGACAAUUUGACAUUUUUCAUAUCUCUGUUUCCUGGAAGGACUCGCUUCAUUAUAUGAACUACAAUUUGUAUGUGGAUUCCUUACCUAAAGAUGGGUCUGUAAGGUUCAAAGCAACAGGUGUGUCCAUUAUAUACCUACUGACAUGGUCUACGAGGUUUUUGACAAAAUUUAUUCCUCGGUUGAAAUCUCAACGUAUGAAGCUUUAUAUGUGGACCAUCAAUACAAUUGACCAGUUCGAAUAUUUGAUGAACAUAGGUAGAAUUGCUCACAUUUCAGAAUAUGGAAUUAUAACUGAUUAUCCGCAAUACAUGAUGACUUAUCGUGAUAAGUUCUUUUAUUUCCAAGAUUCUUCGGAUACUGAAAUAGCUUCAGAAGUCACCAGGCUAACUAAAUAUAGUAGCCAUUAUGACACUGAGAAUGAGCAUGCUACUGUACCUUUAUCAAUCAAACAAAGAAUAUUGUAUCUUUUCUACAAGAGUUUCAAUUAUCUCGGUGGGGUAAAAAGAGUUACAGAUGAAGAACUACAGUUCGAUUCAUUUGUAAAUGAAGACAAGAGGCAACCAAUAAAGAUCAACAAGUUCUUCCUCUGGGUCUUUGCAACUUGUCAGAAGUAUGGAAUUUUCUAG